GUAGAUGUAGGUGGACGUAUAUGCGGUGAGCGAUGCAUACGAUCCACGGUCUGUGUCGGCUCUGCAUCGAACGAAACUUGCCACAGGUGACCAUUUUGAGAGGAAAAGAUGGUUUUGGCUUCACCAUCUGCUCUGACUCCCCUGUACGGGUCCAAGCUGUUGAUCCAGGAGGUCCAGCUUACCAGGCAGGUUUACAGCAGCUGGACACAUUAUUGCAGCUAAAUGGCCAGCCGGUUGAACACUGGAAGUGUGUAGACCUGGCUCAUGCCAUCAGGAAUUGUCGUAAUGAGAUCACAGUGGUGGUGUGGAGGACAGUGCCUAUUAUGAAGCCUUACUAUGAGGGGCUUAUCCACAGACCUUCCUACAAACCUUCCGGAUUUGAUUCUCUCUCUUCAACUGCAAAGACACAAAACAAAACUCCACCUUUACUCUCUCGACCCGCCAAUCACAAACAGGGUCGCCGUAAAAAAGGAAUUGGCCCUGAUAACUCAGGAAACGGAGUAGGAGAGUCAUUGUGGUCUUGGACUGGCAAACGAGAAGAAAAUGACUACAAAACACGCACACAGACCCUCAAAGGUACCCGUGUGACAUCAUCAAACGGUGACAACUACAUCAUCCUCUCUCCUGUCAGCCCUGGAAACCAGAUAUUGCAGCCAGUGUAUUCUGACUCCAAUUGCACCCUGGGAACUCUUGGAAGAAUCUAUCAGACUAGCAGAGGAGUGCAGCAGAGCCCAGACUACCUGCAGAAUGGGGGGCUGCAAGCACAAGCCACCUUGUGCAGGUCUAUAAACAGUAAGACCACCACCUUGCCUCCUUCAUCCUACAGACAGAGCUUUGCCAACUACCAGAACUGCACCAUCGUCCAGUCCCACCUGCCUCACUCCAACUAUGGCACAUACGUCAGUCUGGCCCCCAAGAUUCUCAUCUUCCCAGUUUUUGUUCAGCCACUGGACCUGUGCAGCCCAGAGAGAGUCCUGAUGUUGUCAGAGGAAAUGAUCCUUCAUGAUAGUAAACACACAGCUCUUAAGGCUACAGUGUUCAUCUACACAGAUCUGAUGCUGUUGACCAGGGAAGAUGAACCGGGCCGCUGUAAUGUUCUACAGAGUCCACUUUAUCUCCAUGAGAUACAGCUGCAGGACGUUCCUGCAGACAAACUGCGGCUGUACAUCUCCUACUGGAUAGAGAGGACCGAAUGUCUGUUCAGCCUGGAAGCCUUUUCAUCCGAGCAGAAGAGGAGGGUCGUUCAGUGUCUGAGAGACAAUAUUGACAAGCAGCUCGCCCUGAGGGACAGAAUAGUCCCUGACCAGAUGCUGGAACCAAAAGCAGCUGAACAGGCUGCUGAUCUGGGUCUGCUCGGCUUCAGCCCUCACAGUGUGUCUGAGCCCUGUUCCCCAUCAUGCCCCUCUGCAUCGCCCAUCAUGAGAAGAACCAACUGCAGCUCUCCAGCUCAGCGGCUCUCCUACCCAGACCUGCACUGCAGCACUGGAGACGCCAACCAAACCGCUCCGACCUCUCGAGACGCCUGCAAACCUCAAUACCUGGAGACCUCCGAGAUCUGGAAGGACAGACAGAAGGUUGUGAAAGGAGGUGGCCAAGAGUCAGAACUGGAGAAAAGGGAGCAGGGGGAGGGCGAGAGCGCUUCCGAGACCAUCAGCAUUGGCGCCAGACUCACAUCUUCAUCGUCAUCUUCCUCACCUCUAGUCAUUCCUAGGCUGUGCCUGGAUCGCUCCUUCAACGCAGAUGCUUUGACCUCACCGUCGACUGACGAUGAUGAUGAGGAGGAAGAUGAUGAGGACAGCGAUGAAGGCUUUCUGAAGCGGAGGAGUAUGGUGGAGUCAUCUCCUAGCAGUGGGCAGCAGAGCGGGGGCUUGUGUGUGCAGAGGUCCCUCCACAGACGGACGCACAGCGAGGGCAGUUUGCUGCAGGAGCCUCGGUCUCCUCGCUUCAUCUCCGAUCAGGCCAUCGACUGCAUAGAGGCCAAGCGGGAACCUUCGGAGCGCUGGGCGGUUCCCUCGCCACAGACCCUGAGGAAAGAGCUCACCAAGAACGGAGGAUCCAUCCACCAGAUCUGUCUGCUCUUCACUGGAAGGAGGGUUUGUGGCAAGCCAAACUGUAAAUGCGACACAGGAAAAACUGGUGUCAAAAAGAAGAAAACCAAGAAUCUGGCCAAAGACAUGAAAAACCGUCUGACUUUUCUGCAGAAGAAGACCAACGACAGACAUGGAAGCAAUCCAGCCAGCAAGCUUGAGAAAGUGCUAAAGUCAGACAAACCGACUCCAGAGGAAGCUCUCAAAUGGGCAGAGUCGCUUGAUGCGCUGCUUUCUCACAAAUAUGGCCUGGUGGUUUUCCGCUCUUUCCUGCAAACUGAGUUCAGUGAGGAGAAUCUGGACUUCUGGCUGGCAUGUGAGGACUUCAAGAGGAUCAAAUCACUGUCCAAAAUGGCAUCCAGAGCAAAGAAGAUAUUCACUGAGUACAUCUCCAUACAGUCCUGUAAAGAGGUUAAUCUGGACUCGUACACCAGGGAGCACAUCAAGGAAAACAUGGAGAACAUCUGUGCAGACUGCUUUGACCUGGCUCAGAGCAGAACCUUUGGACUAAUGGAAAGAGACUCGUACCCUCGAUUCCUCCGCUCUGACAUUUACCUGGAAUUUACCAACCAAAAGAGACCCGGCUCUGCCGCAGAUCCAUCUUAAAGCUAUGAUGACAAACGGUAGACGUUGAAACUUUUUUAGAUCAGUAUUGCUGGAGACGUAGUAGAACAGGACGUGUCUACAAUCACAUAAUCCACUGAUGCACAGCUUCGUAUUGAAACGUCGGUCAGCUAAGCACCUUGGAGAGCUCAGCCCGAUGGGUCAUUGCAUGGACAGAUUGUUUUUUGGACGCUUCUGUGCUGCACCCUGUUGGACGGUUGCGGCAAUAAGAUGGCGAGAAAUCAAUUUGCCAGAACACCUUCGCACCUGUUGACCCAGUGGCAGUACAUAGAGGGUGCAAAGCAUGAUGGGUUUGGGAAAAAAAAGAGAAAUUUUGGUACUGUUUUGUUCAGCUUUACCAAUAUACAUUUUCACUUUUCUUUCCUGCACAGACCUCAACAUACUCAACAUUUACAAAGAUCCUAGUGAGAUGAUAUUGGACAAAACUAAGUUAGUUAUUGUUUUUGUUUUUUUUAUCUGAGUUGCAGUUGACAGCAUGUUUAUAUUCUCUCAAUACUACUGACAGAACACUAAUUCUUAUUACUUUCAAGGGCUUUGGUAACAUUUCCACAUCUGUUCUUCAUGUAGUGGCCCCGUGGCUCUAAUUAAUAUUAAGUGCAAUAUACAGUUAGUUAUUCUUAUUAAUAUUUCUUUAACAAAAACCGUAUAUUAAAGGGGUCAGAUGUUGUUUUCUUUUAUUAAAUAUAUAUACAUAUACAUAGUGUACAAAUGUUCUCCCAUAAUGCAUCAUACAGGCAUAGUAAGUUCAAAUGAAAGAAAAUGUCAUUCCUGAUGUAAAUAACAGAGGCUGAGCUAUACGGACUAACAGUAAUAGUGAUGUUAAAAGUGAAGGUAUUCUGUUUGUUGUCGUUGCUGUUAGUCGGUUGAUCAUACGUCAAAGAAACCAGAAUAACAUAACAAAGAAGCCAGAGUUUGUGUUUAAUAGUGGAUUAACAUAGUGGAGCAUGUGCUGUACAUAGAUGUUUGUGUUCUGUGUUGAUUUACACGUUUAUUUACCAGUUUGCUCUUUGGGAGACUCAUGUUUGGCAAAUACAGUGUCAAUUUCAUCCUAACAAUAUCCUUCCUUCUGUAAUAAUAUUUCUUGUAUUUAUUUGUGGGGUCAUAUUUCACUCACUGCUGCCUUCAUAUGUAACAUACUCUCAUCAAAUAAAAUUACAUUCAA